GGUAGUAGCAGUAGUAGUAGUAGUAGCAGCAGUGGUAGUAGCAGUAGUAGUAGUAGCAGCAGCAGUGGUAGUAGCAGUAGUAGUAGUAGUAGCAGCAGUGGUAGUAGCAGUAGUAGUAGUAGUAGUAGCAGCAGUGGCAGUAGCAAUAGUAGUAGUAGUAGUAGCAGUGGUAGUAGCAGUAGUAGUAGUAGUAGUAGUAGUAGUAGCAGCGGUAGUAGCAUUAGUAGUAGUAGUAGUAGCAGCAGUGGUAGUAGCAGUAGUAGUAGUAGUAGUAGUAGUAGUAGUAGUAGUAGCAGCAGUGGUAGUAGCAGUAGUAGUAGUAGUAGUAGUAGUAGUAGUAGUAGUAGUAGUAGCAGCAGCAGCAGUGGUAGUAGCAGUAGUAGUAGUAGCCGUGGUAGUAGCAGUAGUAGUAGUAGUAACAGUGGUAGUGGUAGUAGUAGUAGUAGUAGCAGCAGUGGUAGUAGUAGUAGUAGUAGUAGCAGUGGUAAUAGUAGUAGUAGUAAUAGUAGUAGUAGUAGUAGCAGUGGUAGUAGUAGUAGUAGUAGUAGUAGUAGCAGCAGCAGCAGUAGUAGUAGCAGUAGUAGUAGUAGCAGCAGUGGUAGUAGCAGUAGUAGUAGUAGUAGUAGUAGUAGUAGUAGCAGUGGUAGUAGCAGUAGUAGUAGUAGUAGUAGU